AUGCACUCCGCCGCUCUGCUCUCAGCUCUCCUCCUCGCCGCGGUCAAGGCAGACCUCCAGCUCGACCAGGACGAUGUCUCGCAAAACUGCACGUCUAUCUGCCGGCCCGUGCUGGAGCUGAGCCGGACGUGCGACGUCGACGACGACGCAGUCCCUGACGAUCUCACCGAGGACCGCCUGACGCUGCAGUGCCUGUGCACCAACAACAGCUUCGACGUCCAGCGCUUCACGGGCCUCUGCGCGAGCUGCAUGCAGCAGAACCCGGUGCCUGACGACGACGACGACAACGACAGCGACGACAGGCCCGAUGACAACAACAGGGACAUCAACGAGAUCCUGAGCCGCUGCGGCUUCCAGGGCACAACCUACUCGGCCUCCGACGCCGACGCGGCCAACGGCGUCGUGGUCGCGGCCACGCGCCCCACCAACGCCAACCAGCUGACCACGACCAUCACGGGCGGCGGCGCGGCCGGCGGUGCCGCGCCCACCGGGACGGGCGUCACCAGCGCCGCCGCCGGCACCUUCACCACGACGGGCACCGUGACCAGCGGGUCGAGCACCAUCCUCACCACGGGGACGACGACGGCCACGGGUGCCGCCAGCACCGGCACCGGCGUCACUGUUGCUGGCGCGCCCGGCCUGGAGCCGCUCGGUGGUGGCAUGAAGGCGUUCUUGACUGUCGUGGGCGCUGCUGUCUUGGGCUUCUGGAUGUGUUAG